AUUUAUAAUAAAAAUAAUAAGUGUAUUUAAAUGAAAAAAGUCUUAUAAUUAUUCAACGUGCACUAGUCACCUUAUUCACAACAGCAUUAACAAAGAAGUCAUUGCCAAGAGAAGAAAGAAAAAUCAAAAUAUGACUAAUCUAAAAAAAGAAAUGGAGUCAAAUAUUAACUAUGAAUACAGCUUUAAAUCCAUUUUCGCUCAAAGUUUGGCAUUGGCUGGACCGUGUUUCAUACAGAUUGGGAUCGGUAUAGAACUCACAUGUUCUACAAUAAUUAUUGGAGCCUUAGCGAACGAUAAGAACAACAGUGGUUUGCAACCCUUAACGGAUGAACAAGCGUCUUGGUUUGGUAGUCUUCUGUUCUUGUUUACACCAUUGGGCAGCGCACUAUCUUCGUUAACGUUGGGCUGGUUCGGUCACAAAACGUGCAUGAUAAUAACCAAUAUACCGUUCAUAGCGUCGCAGAUCAUAUUCUUCUACGCCAACAGCGUCGAGACGUUAUAUGCUUGUUCAAUGCUGAUGGGGCUUAGCGUCGGAUACUCAGGCGGCCCGUCUUCCGCCUACAUCGGUGAAGUGUGUGAGCCCAAACUGAGGGGCACGCUCAUGUCAGCGACGAACGUCUUCUACUAUGUUGGCUCGUUGCUGUUCACGUUGAUAUACGCGAUAACAUUGGAAUGGAGGCUGACCGUGCUCAUUGGCAUGUCGAUCCCAAUCGCGACCGUCGCUUUAUUGUUUAUGACGCCACAAUCUCCAAUGUGGUUGUUGACCAAAGGUGAAUCUUUAAAGGCACAGCGGACGCUUGCAAAAUUAAGGGGAUGGCCGUCGCAAGAAACGUGUGCAAGCAAAGAGUUCAGAGAAAUGAUAGCUUAUACGUCUUCUGUGAUACACGACAACGACGACAUUGAGACAGAUCAGAAUGAUGAAACAAGUUCUUGGGGACAACUCCUUCAGCCUGAAGUUUACAGACCGUUCCGUCUAUUGCUAGUUUACAUCUUUUUUGCGAAUUUAUUGUCUGGAAUACAGUACGGGCCAUAUUUAGUAUCAGUAUUUAAUGAAUUUGGCGCACCCGUUAACAUCGAGUUUACAUUAGCGUUUUCGGUGUUUUUAUCAACAAUUGGUGGAAUUAUGACAAUAUUUUUGAUAAGUAAACUCGGCAAACGAUUCCUUACGUUUUCGACGUUAUCAAUUUGCUCAAUUUGUUACAUAUUAAUCGGAGUAAUCGGUGUGUAUUGGACUAACUCAAAACCUACUACUUCUUGGUUGGUAUUAAUACUCUUUCUAACUACUACUUUCGCAUCAUCGCUUGGGAUAAUGCCUAUUGCAUGGGUACUUCUAACCGAAAUAUUUCCAAUGAAGAGCAGAAACAUAACCUGUAGCGUAGGUGCAUCAAUGGGUUACUUAAUAUCUUUUUUCAUGAUCAAGUAUUAUCUUGAAUUGUCCAAUUUUGUGAACUUUUACAAUACUUUUACUUUAUUUGGAAUUUCGGGUUUAGUUGGUACUGUAUAUUUCUAUUUUUAUCUACCAGAAACUGAAAAUAAAACAUUACAAGAAAUAUCUGAAUUUUUUAAAUAGAAUGUUUAUUAUUAUGAUUUAAUUACGAAUGAAAUGUACUGCAUCAAUAAACUCAACAAGGAAGGUAGUUGAAAAUAAAAGCAAGCUACAAGAGACUUGAUAACGCUAUAUCCGAACUAAUUACAUUUAUGUUUCUUGUAAGAGAUCGUGAUUUCUGCACUGUUGGUAUUUACACUUGAGUGGUCUAGGCCUAACGUUUAAAUUAAAUUGAAUUCUUAAUAAACCACAGUAAUACAGUUUGUAUUAAUUAAGUUAUUAUUUAUUCAUUAUACCCAGUUAUAACUAAUAAUAUGUG